GUUCGAGCCCCCGGUCACAGUGGAAGUUGUCUCCGCCGAGAGAAGCGCAGGAAGCGGGUUCGGGACUCGCCACGUUCCGCUGCUUCACACCGGAGCCAUGAGGCGGAAGGAGAAGCGGUUGCUGCAGUUCACCGGGCUGCUGGUGGCGGCUCUGCUCUUCUUCCCCAACGUGGGGCUGUGGUCCCUGUACCGGGACCGAGUGUUCGACAACUCGGCCGACAUGCCGGACGCUCCCGGAGGAUUCCCCCCGAUACAGGGCGUCAACCGGGUGGUGAAGGAUGCUCAGGUGGGACGUGACGGCGAGCGGAGGAAAGACUGGCACGACUACGAAGCCAUCAAAAGAGACGCCUCCCGCUCCGGUAAUGGAGAACAGGGGAGGGCGUUCCCCCUCACAGACUCUGACCGGGUGGACCAGGCCUACAGAGAGAACGGGUUCAACAUUUACGUCAGUGACCGGAUCUCCCUGAACCGCUCCGUGCCCGACAUCCGGCAUCCGAACUGCAAACAGAAGCUGUAUGCAGAGAAGCUCUCCAACACCAGCAUCAUCAUCCCGUUCCACAACGAGGGCUGGUCCUCGCUGCUGAGGACGGUUCACAGCAUCCUGAACCGCUCGCCUCCACAGCUCAUCGCCGAGAUCAUCCUGGUGGACGACUUCAGCGACAAAGGUUUUGACAAGUCUCCAGUGAUGGCAGGCGGACUCUUCGCUGUGAACACAAAGUGGUUCUGGGAACUGGGAGGAUACGACACGGGUCUGGAGAUCUGGGGAGGAGAACAGUACGAGAUCUCCUUCAAGGUGUGGAUGUGUGGUGGUCGGAUGGAGGACAUCCCCUGCUCCAGGGUGGGACACAUCUACAGGAAGUACGUCCCUUACAAGGUUCCUGGAGGAGUCAGUCUUGCCAAGAACCUGAAGCGCGUGGCCGAGGUGUGGAUGGACGAAUACGCCGAGUACAUCUACCAGCGCCGGCCCGAGUACCGCCACCUGUCGGCCGGGGACAUGACGGUGCAGAAGGACCUGAGGAACCGGCUCAACUGCAAGAACUUCAAGUGGUUCAUGAGCGAGGUGGCGUGGGACCUGCCCAAGCACUACCCACCGGUGGAGCCCCCUGCUGCUGCCUGGGGGGAGAUCCGUAACGUGGGCAGUGAUAUGUGUAUGGAGAGUAAACACUUUGUGUCAGGGAGCCCCGUCCGUCUGGAGACCUGCAUCAAGGGACGGGGGGAGGUGAGCUGGAGCCACGGACAGGUGUUCACGUUCGGCUGGAGGGAGGACGUCCGGGUGGGCGACCCCAUGCACACGAAGAAGGUCUGCUUCGACGCCGUGUCCCACAACAGCCCGGUCACCCUGUACGACUGCCACGGCAUGAAGGGCAACCAGCUGUGGCGCUACAGGAAGGACAAGAGUCUGUAUCACUCCGUCAGUAACGGCUGCAUCGACAGCAGCCCCACCGAGCGCCGCGUCUUCAUGAACACGUGCGACUCGUCCUCGCCGAGCCAGCAGUGGAUAUUCGAGAAAACCAACGCCACCAUGCUGGAGCAGUUCAACCAGGACGCCAACUGAGGCGCUGGGAGAGAGGAAAGGAACUGGUGACGCACGGAGACGCCGAUCUGCUGCUGCUGCUGCUGCUGGGAAAAGGGAUUUUACGUUUCCUCUGGUUUCCUUCUUCACCUGGCGCUGAGGUUACAGCUGUUUCUGUUCGGGGGGGGGCCUGGAAUGAGGCAGGCUGGGAAACUGUCGUGGGGGGGGAGGGGGGGGUGGUUGGUUAAACACAUCAGUUAGAGGAAAGACUGAGUUGAGCUCUGAUCAAUGCGUUUGUGUAUCAAAGUGACUUUGUGCGUUUAUUGUGUGACAGCCGGGUCUGUCCACUUCCUGAUUUUGCUGUUGAUUAGUGGUUUCACGUUCCUCUCCUCUCUCUUCUGUUUCUCUCUUUCUCCGCCGCCCCUCUCUCCAUUCAAAGAUUCUGCUUUGAACGUAUUGAACGGUUUGACACAGAAAUAAGGAAAUUACUUCCUGCUCCUCCUCCUCCUUCUCCUCCUCCUCCUCCUCCUCCUCCUCCUUCCUCGCUGUAUUUAUCGAUGAGUCGUCCCAUGGUCACUGGGCCACAUUUAGAUACAUAGAUAGAUAGAUAGACGGAGACUUUAUUAAUCCCGUGGAACGCUCAUCUUAUCACCGGGGUUUAUGCAAGAGGACCAUUAGUGGCGAAGGUCAGCUGGUUCACAGCGGGGCCGCCCGAUUGGCCGGUUGCCGAGCUGCAAUUCACUCUAGUGAACAGAGAGACGGACGGUCGGGGCUGUAAAAUGCAUAAAGCACUUGUGUCAUGAUAAACUUGAAUGAAAUCUUAGUGCCUUGUUGGAAGUGGACUGGUGAGUGUGUCUGUGUGUGUGUGUCUGUGUGUGUGUGUGUGUGUGUCUGUGUGUGUGAGAGUGUGUGUGUUUGUGUCCAGAGAAGCGUAGGGAACAAUUCACUCCAGAAGUGACUUUUCCUCGAAGCUGGAGUCUUUGUCCAGCGUCGUCUCCUCCGGGACCUGAAGGCACCUCCGACUCUCUCUGAACACGUGUCACUUCCUGUCUGUCGUACUUUCUCCUGCCUUGAACUACAGCCCUGAGAAGACCUCUGUGUUAAUCACCAUGCUGUGUUUGCUUCUGCUUUUUCCACUUCUACAAUCCAAAGUCUUUUUUGUUUUUGUUCUUUAUGGGAAAGGAAAUUAUUGUCUUCUACCAGCUGUUUGAAUCCCUGUUGUUUCUUUUUUAAUGAUUUAAUAAUUUAGUAUUCUGUCGCCUGCUAACCCAAAUCACGCAGUAAUGAAGCAACAUCCAGAACAAACAGGUUUAUAGUUGGAACCUGAACGCACCACAACAUCAGAGAGAGACGGCUCCUUCAGAAUAAAAGCAGCAAGCAGUUUUAUCAUGGACUUGGAAUCCAUCACAAUCAAAUCGGAUAAUUGUCACGUCAUGAAAUCCGUCAGACGUGUCAAUCACGUGUCGUUUCCUCACCUGCUCCAGACGUCAGAGUUUUAAUUGGAAUCCGAACUCGCUCGGUGAAACAAAAAGUUAAUUAUCAGUUUAAAGGACUUUAUUUCAGACUCAGCUUCUUAUUCCUCUCGUCUGUGAGACUGCGUCACUUCAGAGUUUCUGUUGUGUCUUUACCUCUUCGACCUUCACACUCCAACACGUUCACAUCAUGAAGCGAUGAGGCUGGAGCCCCCCCCCCCCCCCCUCGACACGCGGCCACGGUGCCGGUGUUUUAAAGUCACGCUGGGAUCAUUGGUGCAUUCUGGGCUGUUCAAUCAUAUGACUUCAUUUUGAAGGAUGAUUCAAAUAUUGUUCUGGUUUAAGGGUUGAAACGAGACACUGGUUUAAAUAUCGUUGUCUUUAUCUGAAAGAGAGAAAUCAAUGGAAAAGUCUCUUUCCUUGUUUUCUGGUUUGCUCUGAAUGGAACCUCUGGCAUUUUAUAUUAAGGUAUAAAGAUUCUAUAAAAGUGUUUAAUUCUGCAGCUUCUCUGAGCAUUUUCUCCUCAUUUAGCCUUUUGUUUGGUUUCACGCAGCAUUUCAUCACUUUCUUUACGACUUUAUAAAUAUUAGUUUGAGACCAGCAGUUUGUUCAAUUAAACAAUCAACCUUCUCUUUUCAUUGUGGUUUGUACGAGACAUUAAAACAUAAAGUUUCUCUCCAGAGUCAGAAGUUAAAGUUCUGGAGGAUUUGCCCAAAAUGUCAUAAUCUUCUGUUUUCCUCAUCUGAUUUCAUUUCAUCUUUCUGUUGCACAUGUAAAGUAGUUUUAUGUUAAACUGUUAAAGUUUCAUAUUUGUUCUUUCUUCCCUUUGUGGUUAAUUAUUAAAAACAAAUCAUUAAUGUUGCCCCUUUAAAUUAAAUAUAAUUAUUAUGUUAAAAUUGUUUAGGUUUCCAUAAUGUCAUUACAAACAGGUUUUAUAUUCCUGUGAUAUCCAAAUACAUUUUUCCCAUCGUGUUGUUUUCAGGCGAAAAUUUGUCAACAAAUGUUAUUUUUUAGGAGUAAAAGGUUUUUAAUGUCGAGCGUCGGCCAGCUACACAACAUUGUGUACAUGUGUGUUUGUGUAGGAACGUGUACAUUUUGUAUCUCAAGGAAAAAAGAUCCAGUAUUUUUCUCUACUGACAUUGCAACUGUAAAAGUGUAUUUAGAUAUUUAACAGACUGUACGAUCUAACUGGAAUUGUAUGAUAUUUUUUCUGGACAUUGUAAAAUAAAAGGUUUCUAUAUUUGGAUGAAA